AUGGGUGAGGGCCAGGUCAGGGCCCAGGGUGGCCCUGGCCUCGAACGGCAGGACGCUGCCCACCUCGCGCAGCCCCCGCCGCAGUUCCCGCCCCGGCCGCCCGGCAUCCUCGCCUCGGCCCUUGGGCAGCAGGAGCAGAGGCGGGAGGCGCACGUGCUGGUAAAGAACACCUUUAUCAACGUGUCGGAGGACGACGACGAGGACGAGCAGCCCUCGUACCGGCCCUGCGCCUCAGCCCCUGCCUCCAGCCUGCGGAGGCCGAGGGGCGCCGCGGCGGCUCGGGGGACCGCGGCCGCCGCCGCCGGGCGGGCCGCCGCUGCCCCCGCGGGCGUUGCCGCGAGCGUAGGCUCCAGCGGCCACCCUGGCAACUGCCGCCCGUGCGCCCACGCCUGGAAGCCGGCCGGCUGCUCGAAGGGCCUGGCCUGCACCUUCUGCCACGCCUGCACCGAGGAGGACUUCAAGGACCCCCCCCGAGGAGCGGAGGGCGAAGAUCAACAGGCUGAAGGCGCAGAAGGCGCAGCAGCGGGAGGCCACGGGCGCCGGCAUGCCCGCCGCGUCCGAGGAGGCCUGCAGCGCCUCGGCCGCCUCGGAGGAUCGGCUGUUUCCUUCGCCCUUCCCAAGGAGCUGAUGGCGGUGUCGGACGGCGCCGGCUGGAGCGUCCAGUGGGCCGUCGACCUGCACAGGCUGUGCACGAAGAACCGCUGCGGCGACGCGAAAGGCUUCACGCUGCCGCUGCACGGCCGACAGGUGCAGUUCCGGUUCUUCCUGAAGCCGGCGGAGCAGUCCGACGCCGGCGGGGGGAAGGCGAGCUUCUGCAAGGACAGCCAGCUCGCGUCGGUGAUGCUGAAGUGCACGGACACGGGCGCCGUCCAGCCAGGGGCGCGCGUCAGCGUCGCGUUCACCGUGGGCGCUCUGCCGAGGCGGUGGGCCUCCCAGGGGCACGACUUCGCCACGGAGCCCUGCUGCGCGCUGCACGAGCGGGAGCCGCCAUGGGACCUGGCCGCGGCCGCCGACGGAGCGGGGAGGUGCGUGCUCAGGGCCGUGGUGACGCCGGUCCCCGAGCAGUAA